GGCCGGGCGGCGGCGGCGGCUCUGCCGAGGCGACAAUGCGCUAGGAGCCCUGCUCGGUCUCCGGCGCCUCCUCGGCCUGGGCGCCCGCGGAGCCCUCGAGCCCGCCGCCGCGCUAUGAGGGCGCCUCCCCGGGGCUGGCCGAGGCCGGAGCCGGCUCCUGCUGCUCCCCGGGAAGAGUGACAAGAGAGGCGCGGGCUCCAGGUGAGCGCGGGUUCCGCGCGCCCCGCACUCGGUGCGCCCGGUCGGCGCCUGCCGGGCUGGGUCGCAGGCUGAAUUCCUUGCGUGGACAGCCGUCCCCUCUUCGCGGGAUCCUUGGCCACGACAGCAGAUGUAUUUUGUAGGAGUAUUUUGAGGAUGAAUGUUUGCAAAUUAUUUUGAAAUUGCCAAGCGCCACAUACAUGGGAUGCAUUCUGCAUUUAUCCUGGAGUUCACCCCUGUGGCGUGGAUUUAUCAAAGCAGCGUCUGUCUUCAAUCUUUGUGUUAACUAGAAACCCAGGGAAGACAUGAGGAGAUUUGUUUACUGUAAGGUGGUUCUAGCCACUUCACUGAUGUGGGUCCUUGUCGAUGUCUUCUUACUCCUGUACUUCAGUGAAUGUAACAAAUGUGACGACAAGAAGGAGAGAUCCCUGCUCCCUGCACUCAGGGCUGUUAUUUCAAGAAACCAAGAAGGUCCAGGAGAAAUGGGAAAAGCUGUGCUGAUUCCUAAAGAUGACCAGGAAAAAAUGAAAGAACUGUUUAAAAUCAAUCAGUUCAACCUUAUGGCCAGUGAUCUGAUUGCCCUUAACAGAAGUCUACCGGAUGUAAGAUUAGAAGGAUGCAAGACAAAGGUCUACCCCGAUGAACUUCCAAACACAAGUGUAGUCAUUGUGUUUCAUAAUGAAGCUUGGAGCACUCUCCUUAGAACUGUUUACAGUGUUAUAAAUCGUUCCCCACGCUCUCUGCUCUCUGAGGUCAUCUUGGUAGAUGAUGCCAGUGAAAGAGAUUUUCUCAAGUUGACAUUAGAGAAUUACGUGAAAAAUUUAGAAGUGCCGGUAAAAAUUAUUAGAAUGGAAGAGCGCUCUGGGUUAAUACGUGCCCGCCUUCGAGGAGCAGCUGCUUCAAAAGGGCAGGUCAUAACUUUUCUCGACGCACACUGUGAAUGCACAUUAGGAUGGCUGGAGCCUUUGUUGGCAAGAAUAAAGGAAGACAGUAAAACAGUCGUAUGCCCCAUCAUUGAUGUGAUUAGCGAUGAUACCUUUGAAUAUAUGGCUGGGUCAGACAUGACUUAUGGGGGUUUUAAUUGGAAACUGAAUUUUCGUUGGUAUCCUGUUCCCCAAAGAGAAAUGGAUAGAAGGAAAGGAGACAGAACGUUGCCUGUCAGGACCCCUACUAUGGCUGGUGGCCUAUUUUCUAUUGACAGAAACUACUUUGAAGAGAUAGGAACUUACGAUGCAGGAAUGGAUAUCUGGGGUGGAGAGAAUCUUGAAAUGUCUUUUAGGAUUUGGCAAUGUGGAGGCUCACUGGAGAUUGUGACUUGCUCCCACGUGGGUCAUGUUUUUCGGAAGGCAACUCCAUACACUUUCCCAGGUGGCACUGGUCAUGUCAUUAACAAAAAUAACAGAAGGCUGGCAGAAGUUUGGAUGGAUGAAUUUAAAGAUUUCUUCUAUAUCAUAUCCCCAGGUGUUGUCAAAGUGGAUUAUGGAGAUGUGUCAGUCAGAAAAACACUAAGAGAAAAUCUGAAGUGUAAGCCAUUUUCUUGGUACCUUGAAAACAUCUAUCCGGACUCCCAGAUCCCAAGACGUUAUUACUCACUUGGUGAGAUAAGAAAUGUUGAAACCAAUCAAUGUUUAGACAACAUGGGCCGCAAGGAAAAUGAAAAAGUGGGUAUAUUCAACUGUCAUGGUAUGGGAGGAAAUCAGGUUUUUUCUUACACUGCUGACAAAGAAAUCCGAACAGAUGACUUAUGCUUGGAUGUUUCAAGACUCAGUGGACCUGUAAUCAUGCUGAAAUGCCACCACAUGAGAGGGAAUCAGUUAUGGGAAUAUGAUGCUGAGAGACUCACUUUGAGACAUGUUAACAGUAACCAGUGUCUUGAUGAACCUUCUGAAGAGGACAAAAUGGUGCCUUCCAUGCAGGACUGCAGUGGAAGCAGAUCCCAGCAAUGGCUCCUAAGGAACAUGACCUUGGGGGCGUGACGGCCAUUUCCACCCAGCCAUGAAAGUGUCUACACUUUUGUUUUUCCAUUAUUUCAAUUAGGGAAAAGUAUUAACUUUGCUGAAUUGAAAGUUUAAAAAUCCUUUUAGUAUUCAAAAAACGUGGUUGUUUAUAAUUCAUUUUUAGGAAUGUUUGCUUAUUUCCCUACUAAAAUUUGUAUGAGAUCAAAGAAGCACAUAAAAAAGUAUAAAGAACAGCAAACAUUAAACAUUGGAACAAUUUGAAAAAUAAAUUGUGUUUGCUUUAAAAAAAAAACCUUUCUUGCCCUCAUCUCACAGAAAUUAGUCAGGGGCUAUUUUAAUUUUUUCUUGUCACAGUGAUUGAAAAGAAAGACAAUCUAAAUGCCUUAUAUGAUGUAGCUUCCUUAAAAAAUAUUAUCAUUUUAAAAAUGCACUCUGUUUCUACUGGACCUUCAUGAAAACAUGUUGAAUUUCUAUGUCAACAACAAGGUCACAUAUUGAAUUAUUUUGGAGCAGUGAAUUCAUCAUACAAAGUACGCUUCAAGUUUGUAAGAAAAAAAGUAAAUUGGAUAUUGACUUCUCAUAGGGUCUUAUAAAAGCAACACAUUUAAACAAAAAAAAAAAGAGUAGGAGAGUUUGAAAAUUCAAUUUAAAGUACUUGAAAUUGGAAGAAACUAGCUAAGCAUUGAUGGAAGCAAGAUGAAGGUGAACUGCAACAAUUACAUCAUUUUAAAAGAUACUCUGUUCUAGUUGCAAUCAUUAAUGAUGCAAGUGGAAUAUAACAGUCAUCUUGGUCCCAGAGCUGAUGUAGGAAACUCAAUUAUUAAUCACUAGAUUUAUCUCACAUAAACUAUACUUACCUUUCCACUCUAGAGACUGUGACUUGUCCGUUAUACUCUACAGAAUUGUAGGUGAAGGGUAGAGUAUUAGCCCUAAUUUUUAGUUAUUUUGUAUUUAAGCUCACUGUUGCCAUUUCAAUUUUCUAUUAAAAAUAAUGCUUUACUAUCAGAAUCUUAUUGCUAUACUAUAAUAUCUAAAGUUUUUAUCAUCAGGGGAUGAACUCAAUGAACAUUCAUGAAGCUUUCCAUUAAACUGCUUAAUACCAUUAGUCAUAAAUUACGACUCAAGAAACAAUCAUGAUUAGGCUAGUUUCAUAUGUUCUUUAUCCAUCAAAACCCUCUGUGUUCAAAAUAUAUGAUCAGAAUCAUGAAAAGGAAGAAAACCUUAUCAGUGACAUGCGCUAAUAAGUUUUAGUAUUUGACACCAUUUAAAAUGCCCAUAAAAUUGCUCUACAUAUGUAUCUUAUUCAUUGUGCACUCAGCGAAGAGAGGUUUGGGGCUACAAAAAAAUGGAAGAAACAUCUUCAGAAGCAGAGGAUACCAUGCCUUUGGCCCUCAUCUUUUCUUAAAAAUCUGAAAGAAAAUUUUAUUCCGUUUGGCUACACACAAACUCUGUCUUUUUUGUCUGUCUCUCUUUGCCUCUCGGCUUCUCUCUCCUUCUCUUCCCGUUUCUCCCACCCUUCCUUCCAUCUCUCUCUCUCUCCCUCCAUUGUCUCUCUCUCUCUCUCUCUCUCUCUCACACACACACACACCACACUCAUUCACAAUGAAAAAGACACUUCCUGAAGGCCAGUGAAGUCUUGUGUGAUUUUCCCAGCCAGCAUUCCUUCCUCUUCGGAAUGUGUACUGGUACAACUCUGAGGAAGAUUUCUGGGACCUGGAGCAUUUCAGAUGUACUCCUUAAGGUAGAGAUAAACCCCACCUCCUUGAGGUCUUUGGAUUCCUUGAAUCUCCUAAAAUUGUAAACAGAAGUUUGCAUCUUUGCCAUUUUUUUCUGAGAAAAGAUUCAAUAGCUUUCAUUGAACUUCAAAGGAAGCUGUGAUCCCCAAGGCCUAGUGAACCACUGCCUUAACGUGAGUCAACUGAGGCCAGAUUUAACAGUCAGUUUCCAUUUUCACUCUUUUUCUUCCCUCUUUUACUUUUGUCCUAAAAUACUGUGAAGUCUCCCUGCACAGGACUCUUCCUUAACCUUAAAAAGCUUGAACACUCAAGGACAUUUAUACUAUCCAGUCCGCUUAUGGAUUUGUCGAUCAAAAUGCUUAUGUUAUCUAGAAAAUGGUUGAUGACACAGUUUUAAGAAUACAACUACUCCAAUAAACUGAAUUUGACACAUUUCAGAAGCAUUUGAAAUCUUUAAAAGUUCAUUAUGGUCACUGAAAAAAUAGGAAAAAUUAAAAAUGCAUACAUUUCAUGCCAAAGAAGAAUUUUCAAAGAAUCCUCAGAUGGUUAGAACUUAAGCUAUUAGAGGGUCUAACAAACAAAAAAAAUGACAUAAAAUAUAAAAUACCAACACCCAGAAAGCAAUGACUAACACUCAUUAAAAAAAAUUAUUAUUUUCAGUAAAGGAAAUUAAAAAUGAUAAUUGGGUUCACAAUGCAUUCCUUAUCUAUGGGACUCGAUGAAUAAACAUGUCAAAUGACUUCAAAGUUCCCCUUCUGAUGUCUGAUGUCCCAGUUAAUACCAAUUCCAGCCUUCCUAAUAUUCUGAUCAAAAACCUGGUCACUUUUGAUUCCUCUGUUUCUCUCUCUACUUCAUCUAAUUAUCAGCAAAUUCCCUUGAUUCUAUAUUUAAAUAUAACCAGAAACCAAUGACUUACUACCACAUCCACUGUAUGUGACUUUUUAAAUUGUGUAUGUUUAUAGUUUGGUUUCCUAGUUUCCCAUCUCUGACCCCUAACAGUUUUUCUCACCCCAGUAGAUACAGUGAUUCUGUUAAAGAUAGAUUUGAUUAUUUCACUAAUCUGCUCACAACCCUCAAAUGACUGCUCAUGUCUUUCUAACCAAACCUUUACAGUGGUCUUCAAGGCCUUUUAUGAAUGACACCCCUCUGUUCUCACUCGUGCACACACACACACACACACACACACACACACACACACACACACAUAUGCACCCAUGUUUCUGACCACUUUUCCCAUGCUGCCCUUUCCUUACUCCGCUCUGGCUACAAAGCCAGUUUCUCAGUUUUCGUUCCUAUCCCUCUUCCGCACACAGCUCUCUCACUCACUCACUUUAGGUCUCCUUCAAAUAGUAUCUCAUCAGUAAGCCAACCUUCCUCCCCCCUGCCCGCUCUGUCCCACACAUGCUCUUCAACUGACUUCUUUAUUUUCUGUUUACCCUCCCACCUCCCCACCCUCCAGCAUCCUCCUCACACACUCUAGGAUGUAAGCCCCAUAAAGGCCUGAGCUUUGCCAGGUUUGUUCACUGUGAUCUCCCUGGAUCUAGUAGAGUUCUUGGCACACAGUAAGUAUUCUGUGACUAUUUCUCGAAUUAAUGAACUGAAAGUGUGUAUUCAAGUUGCUAAUUGCUACUGUGUCAUAGCUUUUUUUCUUAUGCACCGUGUUUGAAAUUUUAAAAUAAACUCUAGUCAUCUAUUUAGACAGGAUUUGCAUAACUUUUUCUCCAAAUGAUAAUUUUCUUCCUAAUAUUCUUCACCCUAAAGUAUGUACUAUAUUUUGUUCUCUAUAGUAAAAUACCCUGCCUUAUGGAAAUGAAAUAUGACAUUUUAUAAACAUGCUGCUAUAUUACUAUAAGUUGCUUUACUAAGAUAAAAGUAUUUUGGGGAGUAUAAUCAAUGGCCACCUUAAGGUGUAAGAUUUUUACUUUCUUUAGAUGGGAAACAUAUAUCAUCUUCUUAAAAAUCAUAUGUAUUUUCAUGGUUUCUUAAAAGCUAUUACUAAAUUUAUUUUCUAAGUGCAAGUCUAUGAACAAAACACCAGUGUAAUAACUUUGAGAAAAUUUUACAGAUAAUCCUAUUUGUAGCUUCUCUGUUUAUAGGUAGUGAGACUGAGACCUAAAUAUGUAAUGUGGCUUGCCCGAGGAUCAUAUAGCUAUUAACAGCAUUGCCAGGACUCAUAUUUGUUAUUCUAACCUAAUAUUCCCCUCAAUUAAAAAGCACUCAAAAAUAUAACAGAAAGGGCACAGUAAUGGGAAAAAUGUUUUCAGUAAACAUGUGAUAACAACAUUGAUUUUUUAGAGGUAUGUGAGUUCUUACUGCCUUUCACAUUUAGAUAAGAUUAGUUCAAUAAAAUAAUACCACAGAAAGUAAAUAAAGGACUGCCAAAAAAAUUAAGAAAUUGAUAGGAAACAGCAUGAUUACAGAACAUCCUAGCAUUAUUGGGCAAAUUGGGCUUCAGGUAAACAAAUCUUCUUUGGCAGUAAAUAAUGGAGCAAAUUUUCCCCUCAUUUUCAUUUUCCUUAUAAUUAUAUUCAGGUUAAAAAGAAGAAUGACUAUAGCUUACAAGCUUGCAUAGAGUUAGACCAUCUAUUACUGUAAACACUGGGUAGGUUCUAUGCUAUGCAGCUUCAAAGACUGCAGGAUAAUCAGAAGAGAUUUCUAGGCUUCCCAGUGGAGCUCUAUAAACUCUAGUAAACACAACCCAUAAAUUCAAUUUUGCCAUGGUGCUUAGACCAGUCCAAUAAAUAAAAAUAGAAAGAGAAAAUUAAUUUAAGAAAAACAGUAGGAAUGAUUUUACCUUUUUAUCUUUUGGUAAGAGGUUAAGAGAAGAGUAAAAAUUGGUUCAGAAAACCUCAAAAUAUUGGAACCCCCCACAUUGUUUUCGCCAGUCGAGAAAUGAUGAUCAGAUCUGAUCACAGGCAUUUUACAUGCAUCUCAUGUAUAGAUGCUUAAUCUUAUCUCAGAGGAGGCAAAACUUCAUGCAUUCUAAAGUUAAAAGUAUGCUAACUUAACAAAUAUAAAGAAUUUAAGAAAUUCAAGAUCUUGAUGUGUCAUCUUCCACAAGAUGUCCUUCUGCAGAGCUGAUAUCUGCAGAUUUUGAAAAACUGGGUAGAGAAAAUUCAGUUAAAUGUUAAAGCAGUUUGUGUUUCAAGAUUCACCAUUAUCCACCAUUUGUUCUUCUUUUUUUCUUAACACGUCAAGGUACGGGAUAGAUACCACAUGUUAAUAUAUCUGAUGUUAACAUACCAUGUUCAAACUGUUAUUAAGUAUCAGAUAUUGUACCAACCUAAGGUGUUGAAUGAACACCAGGGGUGUGUUUUAAAUAAUUUGUGUAAAUUUGUGUCCAACUUUUGUUUUAUAUUGUUCAAUAAAUUCUAAAGAUAA